AUGAAGAGGCCAGAAGAUCAUACCUUAGCGUCUGAGAACAACAAAAAAGUGCAUACUAUGCCUCAAGACCAAGAAAACCUUUUCAAGCCCGUCGGCGAAUUUGCCCGAGAGGUCGACCAGCCACAGGGGCAAGGAGCUCAGCCAGACGUAGCAGCGCCCACAAACACCGGUGCUUCAGAUGCAGAGGGCCACCCUGUGCAAGAGAUCGAGUCGCUGUGCAUGAACUGCCAUAAGAACGGCACCACCAGGCUGCUGCUGACUUCCAUUCCCUACUUCCGCGAGGUGGUACUGAUGUCGUUCGAGUGCCCGUUUUGUGGGUUCAAGAACUCAGAGAUGCAGCCCGCCUCCGCCAUCCAGGAGAAGGGCUGUAAGUAUAUGCUGAAGAUUGAGCAGAAGUCCGACUUCAACAGACAAGUGAUCAAAGCGGAGACCGCCUCCUGCAAGUUCCAAGAGCUCGACAUAGAGAUCCCAGCCAAGAAGGGUCAGUUGACAACGGUCGAGGGUCUGCUGAUGGAGAUGAUCGAGGACCUGGCCGCUGACCAGCCUGCCAGAAAGACCAUUGAUGAAACACUAUACUCCAAAAUUGAAGAGUUCAUAGCCAAGGUCAGGUCGUAUGUGGCCUGCGAGCCUGGAACCCUGCCUCUGACCUUUACGCUUGAUGAUCCCGCUGGCAACUCGUGGAUCGAAUUCAAGCCGGACGAGCCUGCGCACAAGUGGUCCCAGACCCAGUACGUUAGAUCGGAUGAGCAGAACGUUCAGAUUGGCAUCAUUUCCAGAGAACAACUCGAGCAGCAGCGCGAAGAGCAGCGGGCUAAGGUUGCAGACAAAGAAAGGAACCCAUCCGUGGCACAGAAAUCUUCGUUCUUGUCCGACGAGACCGACAUCGAGAACUUUAACAACGAAGUACAAACUUUCACUGCAGCCUGCCCCUCUUGCUCGCGCCCUUGCGAUACCCACAUGAAACCUGUAAACAUUCCUCACUUCAAGGAAGUCAUUAUCAUGUCGACUGUCUGCGAAAACUGUGGUUACAAGUCGAAUGAAGUCAAGACUGGUGGCGCCAUUCCCGAGAAAGGCAGGAAAAUCACCCUGAUAUGCGAUGACCCAGAGGACCUUUCUCGUGACAUUCUGAAGAGCGAGACCUGUUCCAUGACGGUUCCUGAGCUGCAUUUGGACAUCCAGCAGGGCACUCUGGGUGGCAGAUUCACCACCCUGGAGGGUAUCCUUCGUCAGGUUAAGGAUGAGCUAACUAACAGAGUUUUCACCCAGACCUCGGACUCCAUGGACGAGGAAACUAAAAACCGUUGGGAAAGUUUUUUCGCAAGACUCCAAGAUGGUUUAGAUGGCAAAGUCAAGUUCACUGUAAUAAUGGAGGACCCACUAGCGGGUUCGUACAUUCAAAACGUUUAUGCCCCAGAUCCAGAUCCUAACAUGACCAUUGAGGACUACGAUAGAACUGAUGAGCAAAACGAGGAACUUGGCCUGAAUGAUAUCAAACUGAACUAA